AUUAAUGAUCUGACUUACAGGUAUAACAAUAAGACCUACCGUGUAGAUGACUUUGACUGGGACAAGAGGCCAGAUUUUGCCUUCAAGCUGAGGAAUGAUGUCUCCAUUACUUUAGCUGAAUAUUACAAGAAGAACUACAACAUAGAAGUUAGGGACAUGAACCAGCCUCUGGUGGUAUCAAGACCCAAGAAAAAGGACAUCAGAAUGGGACGUACAGAACCCAUCUUCCUUCUACCAGAACUCUGUACUCUUACAGGACUGACUGACGAGGCCAGGGCUGACUUUAAUGUCAUGAAAGAUGUAGGUGCUCACACCAGAGUUGCUCCAGAGGGAAGAAAUAAAACAUUACAAGGCUUUAUUGACCAAAUCAACAAGAAUGAGAAAGUGCGAGCAGAGAUGGGAGGAUGGGGACUAAGGUUUUCUCAGAAUCUGCUGAACGUGAAUGCUCACAUUGCUCCCCAGGAGAAAAUCUAUCAGAAAGGAGGGGCAGAGUUGAGUUACAGACAGGAAGACGCAGACUGGAGCAGAGACAUGAGAGGGAAGAAGUUGAUCACCCCAGUGAAUCUGGAAAACUGGGUAAUUGUUUUCACCAGGAGAAACAGUCCCCAGGCCCAGGACCUGGUCCAGACCCUCAGCCGAGUCGGCCCUCCCAUGGGAAUGCAAAUCAACUCUCCCACAAUUUGUGAGUUGCCAGAUGAUAGGAAUGACAGCUAUCUCACUGCUUUGAAGCAAUACGUAACACCACAAACCCAGUUGGCCUUGACCAUUUUGCCUACAAAUCGUAAGGAUCGGUACGACGCCAUUAAGAAAUUUUGCUGUGUUGACCAUCCAGUACCAAGUCAGUGUGUUGUACAGAGAACUCUCUCGAAAAAACAGAUGUUGAUGUCUGUGGCAACCAAAAUUGCCAUUCAAUUGAAUUGUAAGCUAGGAGGAGAAGUAUGGUGUCUGGAAAUUCCUUUGAAAAAUCUGAUGGUGGUAGGUGUCGAUACUUAUCACGAUUCAGCUAAGAAAGGCCGAUCUGUAGGGGGUGUGAUCUGCUCCUUAAACAAAACUCUUACUCGCUAUUAUUCACGUACAACAUUCCAACAUACUGGAGAGGAGCUAAUCAAUGGAUUAGUCACAUCACUCAGAGGGGCAUUGGAGAAAUAUCACGAGGUGAAUGGUGCCCUGCCUGAGAGGAUCAUCGUAUUCCGUGAUGGCGUGGGUGACGGGCAGCUGAGGGCGGUGUAUGAACACGAGGUACCACAGCUAAACGAGUGCUUCAAGAGAAGUGGUGGACAAGAUUACAAUCCCAAGGUAGCAGUGGUGGUUGUAAAGAAGAGAAUCAACACAAGGUUCUUUGCCAAGUCUGGUCCAUCUCUGACCAAUCCUCCACCAGGAACUAUUGUGGACACCCAGGUCACCAAACCCAUCUGGUAUGACUUCUUCCUGGUGUCUCAGUCAGUAAGACAGGGUACAGUGACCCCCACCCACUACAACGUGAUCUGGGAUUCAACGGGCCUCAAGCCGGACCAUAUGCAACGUCUAGCUUAUAAGAUGACCCACUUAUAUUAUAAUUGGCCAGGGACCAUCCGUGUACCAGCGCCGUGUCAGUACGCCCACAAGCUGGCUUUCUUGGUGGGACAGUCUAUUCACAAGGACCCUCAUAUGUCACUGUCAGAUCGUCUGUACUUCCUGUAAGCUCGUAAGUUAGGCACAUGAUCAAUUGGUGAAUUGAUCUAAUGGAAGAUAACGAAUCAAGGAUGGAGCGAUUAGAACUGUUGUUGUCUGUUACGAUCAAAAGUUGUAAACAGAGGCUUAAGUGAUCAAAGUAGAGUAGACAAAAGUGAUAUAGAGUGAAGAACAGUAAAGUACAAUUCUGAUGGAAGAAGAUAGACAGACGAGGAUGGGAGGAUAAAAAACGUCUUCUUCCAAGGAAAAGAAGACUGGAUAUUGAUUAAGAAGAUAAAUUUCUGAAAUCAAAACAUACCUCAAAUAUAUUACAUGUACCAUUGUGUGUUCAUAAAUUUUAGUUUUCCUAUGUAGAAGUAGAUGCCAUGUAUAUGUAGUACAUUUUGUAUUACUUGCUUAUGCAGGAGAGAUUUAACCACUGUUAUCAUACAUGUUAUGAUGUUUUGGUGCUUGCCCAUAUGGACAGUAGCAUGUUACCGUUAGUAGGAAUAGAUAAUAAUUUUUAAGCUUUGAUUUUAUGCA